AUUCUCUUGCUUGGGCAGGUCUCCCAGGCAGCCAACAUGAGAGGAUCCCCCCUGUUCCUCUGCCUCUUCUCCGUGUCCUGCUGGGUCAAUUUGAUGCCGACAGCUGGGGACAAAAUCUUCCACUUUGGAGCCUGCAGGGUUUCCAUAAGCAUGACAGAGAUCAGGGCUGGCUUCACAGCAAUUAAAACCAAUAUUCAAUCCAGAGACCCCAUCCGGACCCUGAGCAUCCUGUCCCACCCUCACUCCCUCCACAAGGUUAAGUCUUCAGACAGAUGCUGCAUCACUUAUCAGCUCUUCACCUUCUACGUGGACAAGGUUUUCAAGCACUGCAGGACCGAGGACUCGUUUGUGAACAGGAAAAUCAGCAGCAUCGCCAACUCCUUCCUCAGCACGAGGAGGAAGCUCGGGCAGUGUCGUGAGCAGAAUAAUUGCCUGUGUGGGGAGGAAUCCACGGAGAAAUUCAAGCAAAUACUCGCAAACUAUGAAGGGCUGAAUGUCACAUCUGCAGCCAUGAAAUCCCUGGGGGAGCUGGACAUCCUCCUGGACUGGAUGGAGAAAUCUCGUUAGCGGGCGGCGUUAAUUACCCACGGGCUGAUGCUGAGGAGCUGCAGGGGCUUUGCAGAGAUGAGAGGGACAAUAAAUCACUGCAUCAGUGCAGCUCCCCAGCAGUUCCAGCUGCAUCCAGGCAAGCGUGGAGAGCUUUGCCAGCCAGGGACAUCAGCAGAGUCUUCAUUAAGACGGAAAUAACGAGUUUGAUUAAAUCGGCAUCGCCCUCGCUGCUACCAAAGGAUGCUCCCAGGGAAAACCCACAAGG